AUGGCCGGGCAGUGGUCUCCCCUCCCUCUUAUUGUCUAUGGCUUCGUGUCCCAUCCAUUGACGGUUGGAGCCCGCGAGCAAAGCCGCUUCUCAACUAGGAAUCGACUUUCUACUGUCACUGAAUCUUCGGCAGGGGAGGACCAUUUCUUGCACCGUGACGUUGUGGCGUUGGAGGUCGGAGACGAGAUCUACGCGUUUGAGAAAUAUACGCCACGUGGAAAGGAAGUGGAGGGGAUUUGGUAUCGAGGUUAUGUCGUUUGCACCACUCGACGACCAGCAGUAACUUGGGCGCUUGGUUCGGACCCUUCUUCGUCUGCCUUAAAACCCCCCCAAAAGAUGGAAGAACCUCACCAAGUCUUUAUUGGGAUUUUCCCCGCUUCUCAUGUCUAUAUCCGGGACGAAUUCGCGGACGCAGAGGGCAAACUGCCAGAGUUGGCCGCCACAUUGAACGGCGGAAGUUGGGCUUCAAGCAACGCCUCUCAUGGAACUGCUAGUCCCGGCAGCUCAUUCAUGCAGUGGUCUGGAAACAAACCAAGCUCUAUCAUGGGCAGCGUUAAAGAGGAAGAAGAAGAAGACUUGGAUCUCUCAGCUUCGGCAAAAUCAUUUCGUAUCGGACCUCCACCCGAUCUUUCGCGGUCUCUUCGUUCUGGUCAUCCAAUAUACCCUCCAAGCCUUAGGUCAGCUUCUGUUCGGUCUUCUUCUCCAGCCGAAUCCCAGUCCCUUAAACCACUACCCCCUCGACCGUCACUCAAGUCGGGUGGUGAUACCGCGGCAGGCGCGAGUCAACCUAUCGUGGACGAAAUUGCAUCAGCUUUGCGCGAAUGGCACACCUUCAUGUUCCAAUAUCUCGCUCGUCGCGACUAUAAACUAUUCCAUGUAGUCCGCGAGCACAUAGAAAUUCUUCAUCUUGGACGUCGGCAACUCCUGGCCCAAACUCUCAAUGCGGAGGAAGCUGUCAACAUGAGGCGGGACUGUGUCGCACGUCUUGUUAGUGGAAAUAUUUUGCAGGGACUCGACGUAAUCGUUCGUCAUCCAACCUGGGGGUCACUCGUCACUGUCGAUGUUGACGGCCAGGCAGAUCAACACAGCUGGGUCAGCGCUGUUCGCAUGUACUCAAUGCAGGUCAACCUUGCGUAUCUUAAUGUGCCUUAUGCGGAUUCGUUGCCGCUUGCUAGUACUGAACAUAUCACUACUAAUUCACUCCAAACACCGGCUCACUCCGCGUUCCCCGAUUCCGUUCACCAUAAACCUCGCUCACUUUCUCUCGGGAAUUCUGGCGACUCCGUCCGCCCAACAGCCAAGUUUUUCCACAUCUACUUGGACCUGCGUGCUUUCGUUGCAUCUCCUUGUGCACCAGGAGAAACAGUCGAACUUUUUUUCUCCCUCUACAAACGUUCUGGACAGUUUAUCACAGAAGAGUUCUGUGCUAUACUAAAUCACAACGGUGUCCUUGCACGUGAUCCCUCCAAGCGAAUCCGUACUCUGUUCACUGAUUUAGCCCCUUCGGACGUACAAGACCCGGUUUACUUGGUCUGUCGUAUUGUUAGAAGUGGCGCCAUGAAGACGACCGAACUGGGCAGGCAAGAUAGCCAUGGUCUUCGUUCAGACGGGGAUGGACCUACCAGUCCCCGUGCCAACGACUUCUCGUCCCCCUUCCGCAGGCCCUUUGGAUGUGCAAUCCUAGAACUAACUCCACUUGCUCGAAUGAGUACAGACGACUCAGAUGCGACUCCUGCUCGAGAGUUUCAAAUGCCAAUAUAUGUGCCCACCAACGAAGCGUCGUUCUCUAUGAUGCAUCAAAACAUUAUCAGCAAGAACACCAAAGAAUACGAGAAGUCGCCCAGAGCUGAAUCAAUGGCGGUUACAGUCAAGAUUUUCCGUGGCGACUCCGCUAUCAUAGUCAAAGAAAACACAUCGCUUCUACAAGAUACCCCUCAUACUCUUCGACUUGGCUUUCCUGACGUCGUAUUCCCUGGCGAUGUGCGAAAUGAGUUUUACAUCAAACUGUGGUCAGGUGAAUUCUCAUCUAGCAACAACGCAUCUGGCCGGCUCAGCGUUGCUCAAUUCGCUCGGGGCCAAAUGGGACCCCCGUCAAAUAAUGUUCAGGUCACCGUUGAAGUUCGCGACGAGGAUGGUCGCCCUAUUGAAUCUGUUGUCUCGCAGGGUAGCGGAGAGCCAACUAUGACUCAGUUCCACUCUAUGGUCUUCCAGCGAUGCAACGAGCCAACCUUUGGCGAGUUGAUUAAAGUGCAACUACCUUUACAAGGCAUUCCACAGUGGCAUCUGUUUUUCACUUUCCGCAAUCGAUCAGGACGAGAUCGAGGCGCACGUGACUCUGAACGACCAUUCGCUUUUGCCUUCCAGCCACUCUUCCCGGAUCGGCGUGCCUUCGUAGAAGACGGAAGUCAUACCUUGGUACUAUAUCGAGCCGAUAAACUGUCACAAGUUCCCCCAGAAGUUUAUCUCACCGCUCCACCUUGGCUUGCAUCCAACCAGCGGCAUGAUCAGCUUAUCAUACCUCCAGAAAUGCAGCGUCUUGCUCCUCCGCUUCGGGAUACGCUUACCCUCCGCUCUUCCUUGUGCUCCACCAAGUUCACACAGAAUCCUGUUCUUCUGAGUCUAUUGAGCUGGGACAAAUUGGCGGAUCGAGAGUUGCUUUCCACCGUGCUUACCAAGUUCACUUUCGUUGGGGAAGGGGAGAUCGUUAAGUUUCUGCGCGAUAUCUUCGACUCUCUGUUUGGCAUCCUUGUUUCCGCCAACAAUGUUUCCGGCGAGAUGGAUGAAUUGGUUUUCAAUGCACUGGUCACAGUUCUCGGCAUCGUCCAAGACCGUCGUUUCAGCAAUUUUCAACCAGUUUUGGACGUCUACAUUGAGCAACACUUCAAUUGUGCUGCCGCGUCGUCACAUAUGGUCCAUUCUAUGACUCGGCUGCUCUCUAAUCCUACCUCUGCGGAAAGUGCUUCACCUCUUCGGGCAGCUCUCAAAGUUUGGCACUAUAUCUUCAAAUUCAUAACACGGGCAAGAGAGCUUCAGAAAGCAAAGGAACUUGGAAUGGGUGGUGGGGCUACAGCUGAUCAUUUUGAAUCGAACUUCAAGAGAGAAAUCCGUUCUCACCUGGCUGAAGUAACACGCAUGAUGGCCGCCACAUCUCCUCCGUCGAUCAUCGGAACGCAAACAAUUGCCCUCCAACAUUUCACUUCAAUUCUCCCCGAAUUGGCGAAAAUAUUCUCCACCAUAGAAUUGGUUUCCAUUGCCACCAGCUUUGCCAAUGCAGUGACCGUGGGCAAGGGGAAAAUCGUGAUUUGGAAGCUAAUCAUGUACCUUCACAUUGUCAAGGGCUUUUUGUUCGACAACCCGGAAUCGCGACCCCUUCUCGUCGAAGCUGUUGUCAUAUGGAUCAAACCUCAUUUCGGAAAGUAUGACGACUACAACACGAACGAGUCGGAGAGCGUCAAAGAUGCAGCCCGCAUCAACUGGCUAGAGAGCAUUCGUCUUUGCGUGACAAUCGUUGCCGUGAUGCUAGACAAGCUACAACAAUAUCUGGUGUCUCCCUCCAUAGCUGGCGAUCGAAUUCGACAUCGGAAGGAGGAAGAUAACGUCGAGAAUCUCCUCCCUUUGAUCCCAAGAUUGCUCGAGUCUUAUCGUGAAUUUCAAAACUCAGCAUCCCGCAAAGCUAUGGAGCGCACUCGGACCUCUUUGCCAAUGAAGAGCAACAUUCCCGUCACAUUCCCCGAAUCAUAUCCGUUUUCUUUGCUGGCUCAACUUCCCGAAAGCCCGCGCGGUCCUUUGACUCCCGGCGCUUCUGAUACGGAAAAAGUUUUCAAUCCCGGGCUAGGAGAGACGGCCACAGUUCUCCUUGUUCUGAUUCUUUCGUCGCCGACGAAGCAUAUACUCAACUUUUUUGAGCUCAGCCUUGAUAUCGAAGGCCGAGACCGCUUUGUAGCAUUGUUGUUGCAAUUUUUCCGAGUGGCGACCUCGAUACUUGAGAAUGAUGCUUUCCCUCCGACCUGGCUCAAUAUCAAUGUGUUGGCGCACAAAGUUCUUGUGAAGAUGAUGGAACCAAUAGCUGCUAUAAUGGAGAAGGAGUUUAUUCCGCCACAAGAAGAGCAGGCCCAAUUCAAGACCCAGCUCUGGAAAGAUUGCUUUUACAUGUUUCUCAAGUUGCUGUCUUCAGACCAACUAGUUAUUGAAGAGUUCAGUCCUCAGAAAUGUCGAGCUGUGUGGCGCUUAGCCGGCGAUAUCAGAGGCGAUGGUGCCUCUCUUCUGCUCACAUUAUGGCAAGGGCUUGGAUGGGCAGAGCACCCCUCUACUGCUGGUGAACCAGUGACUCGAUACGGUGGUUACCAGGUAUACCUUCAUCCGCUGGUCGGUCAAGUCGUCAAUCUCUGCUUGAGCCACCACGACCAACUGCGCAACAAUGCCGUCCAGAUGCUCUACAGUAUGAUCGUAUCGGAAUAUCACCAAUCACAGAAUUUCGACGACAUCGAGAACGAACUGGUCACACGAUUGGAUUCGUUGUUUAUGUCAGACAGCAAAGGCGACGACAUUUCGCGAGCCUUCUUCAUUGGCCAUCUCCGGCAUUUGUUCUAUUCUACUGAAGUAGACGAUGGGCUGAGAGAACGGGUCUCGGUUUUCCUCGACUCUGUUGACCUCUUCCUUGAGCUUCUGCUCAGCCUGCGCGCUUUGCCCGAGGGCGAUGAAUAUGCUGAUGACCGCGUCAUUGCUACUCUUCGUUUAAUGAACUUUAUCCGUCGAAUUGGUCGCGACGAAAUCUAUAUCAAAUAUGUCCACCAACUCGUCAAUAUGCAUCUGCAGUCCCAAAACUACGUUGAAGCGGCCUUGACUCUCAAAUUGCAUUCUGACUUGCAUGAAUGGGAUCUGAACUCAUUUGUUGGCCCUAUGGAAGACCUGGGUCUUCCACAACAAUCUCACUUCCAUCGCAAGGAGACCCUAUAUCUAACAAACCACACAGGGAAAGGUAAAGCAUGGGAGAGUGCCAUCGACAUCUGUAAAGAACUCGCAUUCCAGCAUGCAGAGGUCACUUUCAAUUACGGUCGACUUGCAGAGAUUCUGCGACACCAGGCUGCCUUACUGGAACAUAUCGUCACCGACCAGCGCUAUUACCCGGAUUAUUACCGAGUCACAUUCUAUGGUAGCUUCCCCGCUGCGCUGCGAGACAAGCGCUUCAUUUACCGAGGCUAUGAGUGGGAGAAAUACGGUGCAUUCUGCGAACGAAUGUUGAGCAAACACCCCGGAGCGCAACUCUUGAAGACACCAGGAGAGCCAUCAGUCGACAUCAGAUUCGGGCACGACCAGUACAUCCAAUGUACCGCUGUCACGCCAGAACCUAAUCGUUCACUUCCUGUGUUCACGAAUCCCGAUGCGCCAGUUCCUGUCAAGACUUACUACGAGCAUUCGGCUAUCAAUUUGUUUAGCUCGUCACGCCAACUCAAGAAGAUUGGGCGCUCAGGCAUCGAGGAAAUCUGGGUGGAAAAAACCUACUUCACAACGGAGGAGGCAUUCCCCACGGUCUUACGUCGGUCCGAGGUCAUUGGUCUGGAAAUCAUCGAGAUUUCUCCCGUGGAGAACGCUCUUAGUGAAGUCGAGUUAAAGACCAAAGAGCUCGCUGCUCUCAACCUCAAAUAUCAAGCACUUGCCAAGACGGCUCAACCAGUAUCAACUAACGCUCUGGCCAUGUCUUUGAACGGCGCCGUAGACACUCCAAUCAACACUGGUCUCUCCGCCUAUCGGCAAACUUUCUUUGAUCCAGAAUACGUGGCGCGACAUCCAGAACGCGGGGAGCUCGUUGAAAAAUUGAAAUCGGCGAUUGACGAGCAGGUUGUUGUCAUUGAUCAUUGCAUGAAGCUUCAUGGCCAGCUGUGUCCACCGGAAUUCAUUCCUUUCCACGAGACACUAGAGAAAUUCUUCAGGAAGAAUUUCCGCGAUGAAAUCAGACGCCUGGGUCUUGACGUUCCCGAUCCAUCUUCUCCGUCCUAUGUUCCUCGCCAACCAUCUCAAUACCCAUCAUCCACCUACGAGCAAUCUGUGAAGCGAAGCUUGACCUCGACGGUCUCUACUACGAAGCCUCGUGCGCCGUUCUUUAUCCCACCGCUACAAUUGGGCACGUCUGUGAUCAGCCCUGUCCCAACAUCACCAAGGUCUCCCAUCAGCCCUCCAGACAUUAUCCACCAAAGACAAACACCUCUACAAAGGCAUCUAGCCCAUCUUGCACGCCAUGGAAUCAAUGGUGUCUCAUCAGCGCCAGGCGAUACUGGAGGGAGUGAUUCCUUGUCGGCCGAGUCGCCUCACAAUUCCUUUGUCAACGUUGGCAACGGUGUCCAUGCUGUUUCCGGUGCCAAAAUGUCUGGAGCGUCUGUUGCCACGUCAAAAAGUUUUACUUCAUUCGGCUCUCUCAAAGGUCGCUUUUCCAGGUUUGGGAGCUUGAACUUUGGUCGCCGUGGUGCGACUUCUUCAUCUUGA